AGACGCCAGACAGGAAAGCAGUCAGUCAUGAACCAUGCGGAAAGUUUUGCCUCUUAUUGUUUCCUUGCUUUGCUGUGCCUUUUUCUAUGUGCUCAUUUGGAAUAAGAUCCAAGGAACAUGGACUGGCCCCAAAGAACUGUACUAUGUUGCAUCGAAGUCAGGAUUCUUUUGGAGGGACAGGAAUGAGACCACUGAAAAUGUGACACCAGCUAUUAGGACUCCUUCUCUGAAUUUGUCAUCAGGAAAAACUACAAAAAGCACUGUGAAAGAAGACGUUUUGGAUUCUUUUCAUCAUGUAAAAUCGCAUCAAGAAGCACCUUUAGGCAACCACAAUCUCACCACCAGUGUAACCACUCUUCCAGUCCUUUAUAAGAAAGAUUUUAAAAAACUUCCAGAGUGGGACUUUGAGGAUGUUUACACGCGGAAUAAUGAAGAAAGACAUCCAGUUUGUUCAAAGUCUCUUCAGAAGUCCAAAGAUAAAGAGUUUCAGGCAGCGAUUAUCCCGAACAUCCAGCUUUGGCUGCACAAGGGUCACCUCAAUGUCAGUGAGUGGAAUCGACUGUCGCAUUUCAACAACCCCUUUGGAUUUAUGGAAUAUAAGUAUAAUGAUGUAAAUUCGUCAGUAGGUUUGAUCCCAAAGCCAAAGUUCACACAGCUAUUACCAGUACCUGAAAAUGCACAUGAUGGAUGUGUUCGCUGUGCUGUGGUGGGCACUGGGGGCAUUCUCAAUGGCUCAAGAAAGGGCAAAGAGAUUGAUUCCCAUCAUUAUGUGUUUCGGAUGAAUGGAGCUGUCACCAAAGGCUUUGAGGAAGAUGUAGGAAAUAAAACUUCGGUGUAUGUGCAUACUUCAUAUGCCUUACACCAAUCUGUUUACGGUUUGAAAACUUAUGGUUUCAGUAGUGCUCCAAAAGAUGAGGGAAUUAAGUAUGUGCUCAUACCAGAAGGCAUGAGAGAUUUUGAGUGGAUUCAAGGCCUGUUUCAGAAAAACAUAGUGAAAAAAGGGGUCUUUAAGGGUUUUAGCCCAUUGAGUUUUUAUGGUGGACGGAUUGAGAAAGAGAGAUUUUAUGUUCUUCAUCCAGAUUUUCUACGAUAUAUUCGGAACAGAUUCUUGUCGUCUAAAAGUCUGAAUGAAGAUUACUGGCAUCUAUACAGACCCACCAAUGGAGCAUUUACUCUGUUCUUGGCUCUUCACACCUGUGACAUUGUGAACGUUUAUGGAUUUAUUACUGCAGACCAUCAUAAGUACUCCAAUUACUACUUUGAUACGGGGGUGAAAACCAGCGUUGUUUUCUUCAUUAACCAUGACUACAACCUAGAGAUCCAGACGUGGAAGAAACUGCAUGAUUCUGGAAUCAUUAAUCUUUAUCAAAGAAAGGAGAACCUAAAAGAGACAUGACCUGACAUACAGUACUACGCAAAAGUGAGACCACUCUUCAUUAACCCAAUUUCCAGUCAAAACAGCCAUUAAGGACAAGUUAUUCAUUUCAGCAUUAGGAAAAACACAUAUUUAACAGAAAAUCACAC